GAAUCCUGUUUGUUUACCGACAGCCCUUGAUUUACAACAGUCCGUUUAGUGACCGUUUGAAGUUGAAAGGGAAGGUGUGAGGGUCUCCUUUCCUGGGGGGGAAGAUCCACUUCCCUUGCCCCCCCCCGCCCCCGCCCCCGGCUCAAAGGCAGGGCCUAUCAAUAGGAGAUGCCUUGGUGUCCCUCCACUUUCAGUCCCAGGGUUCUCGUUGCUCGUCCAAAUUAGAGGUAGUCUUCGACUUACAGCAAUUCAUUUAGUGACCAUUUGAAAUGAUGACAGAAAGUGAGGGUCUCCCGUCCUGGGAAGAAGAUCCAGUUCCCUUGCCCUGCUCAAAGGCAGGUAACCGUAACAGAGUUGGAAGGGGCCUUGGAGGUCAUCCAGUCCAACCCCCUUGCUCAAGCAGGAGACUUGUGCUAGGGUUUCGAACUGCCGACAUUUCGGCAGGCUCAGUAAUUUAGCCACUGAGCCACCUAGUUAGGCUAUAGACAAUGCUCUGGUUUCCCUCCACUUUCAGUUCCAGAGUUCUGGUUCCCAUCCAGAUUAUUCCACAGGAGGGAGAGGGAAUCCCAAGGGAAUUUGCAUCUCCAACUAUGGAUGUAACACGGCCCACCUUUGCAGACACAAAUGCCAGUUUACACCAAUGCCAGAUUAACUGGUAGUCCCCGAUUUACAAUUGUUCCGUUAAGUGAUCAUUCGAAGUGACAGCGGCACUGCGGAAGAAGUGCCUUAUGACCAUUUUUCACACUUAAUGACCGUGGCGGCAUCCCCGUUGUCACAUAAUUUUCAGUCCCAGAGUGGUGUUUUCCUCCCAUCCAGAUUAUUCCACAGGAUGGAGAAAGAUCCGAAGGGAAUUUCUGUUGCCAACUAUGAAUAUAGGGUUGACUCAGCCUUCCGCCCUUCCGAGAUGCAGGAGCCUCUGAAUCAGUCAGUCUUGGUAACUCCUCCUGAAGGAAGAAAAGGUCUCUCCCAUCCCUCCCCUAUGAAGCAGCUGUGGGGAAGCAUCUCUGAGGAGGAUCAAAACCCUCGUUGUCAUGGAUCAGCAACAGCUCAGGAUUCGGUGUCCUUCGAAGAGGUGGCUGUGUAUUUCACGGAGGAGGAGUGGGCGUUGCUGGAUCCCAGCCAGAGAGCCUUACAUGGGGAAGUCAUGCUGGAGAAUUUUAGGAGUGUGGCCGCUCUGGCUUACGGACAAGAGCACGAGAACUACAGGGAGCAAAUGAUCAAAUCUGAAGAAGACACGCUUGUAGUUCAAAAACCAUCGCAAGGGAGUGAGAAAAUCUGUAAAGUGAGCGGAGGGGAGGAAUCUCCUGGAUACGAUGAAGUCCUUUAUCUCCCAACCCAGGAAGUUGACCAACAAGUUGAAGAGGGAAUAUAUCUCAGAAGUGGCAAAGGAGACGAAGAGAAUUCUGAUUUCACUAAACAUUCUGUAACACAGACCGAAGAAGAACAAUAUGAAUAUCAAGAGGAUGGGCAAAGUAUCAGCUCUACCUCCUACCUUGAUUUACAUCGCCCAUCGUACAUCCAAGAGACACCGUAUGCAUUUAUAAAUUGUGGGGAGAAUUUCAGUUUCAGCCGUCGUAUCAUUUCCCAUAAUGAGGAGAAACCAUACGAGUGUGAAUUGGAUUUCAGUAAGAAACAAUUACUUAUUUUACCCCCCAAAAUUCCCCCAAGGGAGAAACCUUAUGAAUGUCUCAGGUGUGAAAAGACAUUUGCUCAGAGAGGAAACUUGAUCAUACAUGAACGGACACACACAGGGGAGAAACCGUAUGUGUGCCUGGUGUGUGGACGAGGAUUCAGUCAAAGCGGUCACCUUACGAGACACCAACGAUCGCACACGGGGGAGAAGCCGUACCUGUGCCUGCAGUGUGGGAGGCAGUUCAGUGGACGCUCGAACCUGGUGAAGCACAUAAGGAGCCACACGGAGGAGAAACCGUACAUAUGUACGGAGUGCGGCAAGAGCUUCCGCGACAACAGUGUCCUCGUUUGCCACGCGAGGACCCACACGGGAGAGAAACCCUUCAAAUGCCCGGAGUGCGGGAAGAAUUUCAGGCGAAACUGUCACCUUGUGGAACACAAGAGGAUCCAUACAGGAGAGAAACCCUACCGGUGUUCGGAGUGCGGGAAGAACUUCAGUCAGAAAAGCAACCUCUUGCAACAUAAACGAAUUCACACCGGGGAAAAACCUUACACGUGCCCGGAAUGUGGAAAGAGUUUCAAUCAGAGCAGUCAAUUUAUUUGCCAUAAAAGGAUUCACACGGGAGAAAAACCGUACCGGUGCGUGGAGUGUGGGAAAAGGUUCGGUCACAACGGUAGCCUUUUGCAGCAUAAAAAAAUUCACACGGGAGAAAACCCCUAUAAAUGUGCGGAGUGCGGGAAAUGCUUCAAUCAGAACUAUAAGCUGUUGCAACACCAACGGAUUCACACGGGGGAGAAGCCGUACCAGUGCAAGGAGUGCGGAAGGAGCUUCAGUUGCAGCAGUGACUUUAUUUGUCAUAAAAGGAUUCACACGGGAGAGAAACCGUAUACAUGCCUGGAGUGCGGAAAGGGUUUUAAUAAAAGCAGUCGGCUUACGUCGCAUAGAAGAAAACACACAGGAGAGAAGCCAUAUAAAUGCGCGGAGUGCGGAAAGAGAUUUUCCUAUAGGGACUGCCUCACAAGACACGAACGAACCCACAGUGGGGAGAAACCAUAUAUAUGUUUGAUCUGCGGAAAGAAAUUUGGUGGCCGUUCAGGUCUUAGGAUUCACGUCAGAAUCCACACGGGAGAGAAACCCUACAGGUGCACAGACUGUGGAAAGAGCUUCUGUAAAUACAGUAAUUUCCUUUGCCAUAAAAGGAUCCACACAGGAGAAAAACCGUACAAAUGCACAGAGUGCGGAAAGAGCUUCACGCAGAACGCGAACCUCGUCAAACACAAAAGGAUCCACACGGGAGAGAAACCGUACAAAUGCGCAGACUGCGGGAAAAGUUUCAACCAAACCAAUCACCUGUCACAGCACGAAAGAAUCCACACGCGAGAAAAACCGUAAAACCGAAGCUUUCCUUCCAAAUCUUUUCUCGUGAAAAAAGGACUCCUCGUGGGGAAAAAAUAAUAGAAAUAUCUGUAUUGUGGGAGAAAUGUUCAAUCAGGGGAGUAACAUGAUCAGGCCUAAAUGAAACCAUGUGGAAGAAUAAAAAUGUCCACUGGGAGAAGAUGGCUAGGUGGCUCAGUGGCUAAGAUGCUGAGCUCGUCUAUCAGAAAGUUCGGCAGUUCAAAUCCCUAGUAUAGAUCUGCGCGAGCAGGGGGUUGGACUAGAUGAUCUCCAAGAUCCCUUCCAACUCUGUUGCUGUUAUAAAGAAAAGAUUCAAAUGGCCCUUUGAAUUUAUGCCCUUAUUUUCCUGUAAGAGAUCUUAAUUUUUGGGAGAAACGCCUCGCAUACGUACAAACUCUGAAUACGAGGACUGACCCUCAACCCACAACGAUGUGAGUUUGGAUGAGCUGCAUGGAUUAAAAAUGCUGUGAUAAUAGUGUGAAACUGACCGAUACACAAUUACCUCAAUGAACUCCAUCUUUAAUAAAGGCUAAUACUCACUU